UGAUGAGCAGCAGCAGGCCGAAAUCCACGACCAAACGAUAUUUCGGUCAAUCGCAACCGUCGUCAACGCCUGGGCGACGCAAUUGUACGCGUUCGGAUACUUCAUGGCCGCCAUCUUGCUAGCGCUAGACUGGGGGUUCAUCCUUGGCCAAGGGGAAAUCCUGCGCGACAUCGUAGCCGCCAUCGUCGAUCUACUCAAGCUUUUCAAGAAGCCCUCGGUGCCGUCGCCCAAAGUCGCCGCGCCGAUUUUCAUCGUCUUGUUGGUGACAAUGUGGCCGACUUUCGACGGUCCAAACGGCUCCGGCUACGGCACUCCCCCGCUCGUCUUCGAGCGGCCUUCUCACGGCCGCGUGCUGGAGCAGCUGUCGAUGCAGGGCCAUGUGCUGCGCGAAGCUACGGGUCUGCUGAACACGCUCGAAGUCGCCACCAUCGCCACGCCCAUGGCCAAUAACUUCACCAAGGCCAAGCGGAUCAUGGCCCGCGGCUCGGCUGACUUGGCCUCGGCCUUGCGGGAGUACCGUUUCCAUUAUCGCGACGAGGGCAAUAAUGCGGAAUCUUUCUACUGGCGGCUCUUCUCACACAAUAUGACGCUGCAGCAAUACACGCCACAGCAGCAGUCCAUACUAGGUCCCCUCCAGUGGAUCCCGAACCUCUUCGGUUGGAGCCACGAUAUGGACGCCCUGGUGCAACUCAGCACGCACCUGGGCGGCUGCUACUCGGAGCGACUGCACAGCCUCAACGCUACGAGCUACAGCUUCAAGCAAGACAUGGACAACUUCAAGGACGUGGGGCUGAGAAUCAACGCUACCAUAGAGGUCAUCUCGUGGGAGGGCGCGCUUUCGGAGCGGGACACGAAGCGGUGGUAUGCUUUGUCGGCGAGUCUGCAAAUGUCGUCCAGGGCGAUCAGCGCGGCGCUAAAACGGCUCAGCGGAGAGGUCCGCGGGCUGUGGGUUGAGCGGAGACAUAUCCAGAAAAUGCAGAAGAACCUGGCCGGUGAGAGGGAGGCCAUGAUGGCGGGGGUGAAUAACGAGGCCAAGUUUAAGGAAUUGAUGGUGUCGCAGAUGAUAGUUUUGUUGGGGGGGGAGGCAGGGGAGUGAAUGAGAGUGUUACAGUAAAUGGGGUCAUGCGUAGGUAUGUUCCCUUCAUGAGACACAUGUCAGUAUUUCAUUCAUACUAGACUCGCAUUGCUGUCUCAUUCAUACUAGGUAGACGCAUUUUACCAUUCUAUCCAUACUAGGC